UUCUCCCCUGCUGCCUUGCUAGUUGCUACUAACUACACGCCGGAACUACCGUGCCGUCCUCUCGCCGGCGGCGGGAUCGUGCGAACCCAGGCGCGCGGCGCGCCGACUCCAGAAAGCAAGAGCUGAAGCGAGAAGUCGACAAUUUUUUCCAAUUGCUUCCUCAGCUGAGAAUUUGAAGAGGCCAUGGAUGAGGUGGAAGUGCCUCUCCCCACGGAGAAGCUCUCCUUGGAUCCAAAUAGGGAUGGGGCAAGGCGAGGUGUUGUUGUGCUGGUGGCCACCGGGAGCUUCAACCCUCCCACCUACAUGCACCUACGCAUGUUUGAGCUGGCAAAGGAUGAGUUGCAGCAGCGAGGGUACGCUGUGUUGGGUGGAUACAUGUCCCCGGUGAAUGAUGCGUACAAGAAGAAGGACCUCUUACCCGCUGUUGAUCGAAUUCGCUUUUGCGAGCUUGCAAGCAAAAGCUCCUCUUUUGUGAUGGCUGAUCGUUGGGAGGCGAUGCAGAAAGGCUUUCAGCGCACCUUGACCGUUCUCAAGAGAGUUAAGGACUCUUUGUGCAAUAACGGCUUGGCUGAUCAAGAUAGUCUCAAGGUAAUGCUUUUAUGUGGUUCUGACCUGCUUGAAUCAUUCAGUACCCCAGGAGUUUGGAUUCCAGAUCAGGUCAGAGCCAUAUGUAAAGACUUUGGUGUUGUUUGUAUACGGAGAGAAGGAAAGGAUGUUCAGAAGUUAGUAUCGAACAGCGAGAUCCUGCAAGAAUGUAGGGAUAACAUCAUUUCGGUUGAUGAGAUUGUGCCAAAUCAGAUCAGUUCAUCCAGAGUAAGAGAAUGUGUAAGAAGAUGUCUCUCGAUAAAGUAUCUUACUUGUGAUGAAGUGAUUGACUACAUCAGGGAGCACAAACUGUACAUGGAAACUGAAGAGAGUGUUAGGCGACCAUGACAUAGUUGAAAGGCUUUUCAAAUGAUGAUCCGCAUUGCCUGUGCCGCUGGAGGAUCAUCGACAAACUGCACUGAUAGAGUUAUGUGAAAUAAAAAAGGCUGACUGCCAGUACCAGUAGCAUCAUGAAGGACUAGCUAAUACUUUUCAUUUUUUGCACACUUUUCUUCGGCGUCAAGAAGGUUCUGUAAUCUUCCUUGUAUUGAUGCAAUGUGCCAGUUUGUCCACCUGCAUAGGAUGUUGCUGAAACAUUUCUAUGACACAUGAAAUUCGAUCUGUCAUUGCUUUCAUCCUGUC